AUAAAAUGACCCACUAGGGUUGUACCUCGGUCCGCGGUUUUCACAUCAGACUAGAACUAGAAAAUCGGUCAUGGCUGGUUUGAGAAACGUUGAAAUUGUAUCAAUUUUGUUUUUUUUUUUUCGAUUCUGUGGUGUUCUGAUACCUCGAGUAGCCUCCUUACGCUAUUAUUCCAACCAAGAGAGUCCUUUCAGUAGCUUGCACUGUGAGGAUCCAUGUUGUGGUUAUCUAAGCGAACAGUAAUUUCGAAUAUGGAUAAAUAAUGGGUUAAUGGGCUUACCAGAACCGACAAGGGAAAAGGUCCCAGAAAUAUACUUCCAACAUCUAGGAAUCGCUCCGAUGCUCCCAUACUGAAAAUCAAUAAAAUAAAAUGGAUUUCCCCAAUCUGAACGUGUACGUGCCGGACAGGGACGCAUGUUUGGUGCUGAACAAAACCAAACUACUGAUCAGUCUGUACGAAGGUAUCCCGGAGACGCUUCUGCUAAAUGUUAUAUCUUGGUUAUUUUUGAUCCUACUGUUUACACUUUUGCGGCAACAAGCGUGGGACUACGGCCGAUUGGCCUUGGUCAAUAGCCACGGGGAGAACAAACGCUGGACACAGCUGUUUUACGCUCAUGGCAAUGUUGGUGGAACGUCCAGUGGUGUAGAGCCAAACGAUGCCAGUCUUGCGAUCGAUCGAGGAUUCUUUUCGUGGAUUAUCGCCACCUGGAGGCUGACCAGAGAGCAGAUACUAACACACAGCGGACCAGAUGCGGUACAUUAUUUGUCCUUUCAACGUCACUUGAUGACGGUGAUGGCGAUCAUGACAUUCAUAUCGAUUACCAUCAUUUUACCAAUCAACUUUUCCGGUAAGCUGAGUGGUGACGAGAAUUCUUUCGGUCACACGACGAUUUCAAAUUUGGAUCCCGAUUCCGGCUGGAUGUGGGCUCACGUUAUUUUCGCUAUUGCUUACGUGCCAAUGGUAGUGCUUAUCAUGAGGAGAGCUUCGGGACGAAAUGCCUUCAAAACGGCACCCACACGAACUGUGAUGGCUAUGAAUAUUGCUCCGCAAGAUUGCGACAAGCAAGCUAUCCGUCUUUACGUGCAGCAGCUGUUUCCGGAUGUAGGAAUCGACGACAUUCAGCUGGCCUACAACAUAAGCAGCUUGAUUAAAGCCGCUGAAGAGUAUGAGCGGAUAGCAGAUGCCAGGGUUUAUUGUGAAGUGCAUCGUAAUCGGGACAGGGAACCGAUUGAAGCUCGACCGUCCUGCUUUUCCUGUCAAACCGUCGAUGCUCUGGAAUACUACAAAGAAGAGGAGGCUAGGUUAGCUGGUCAAGUCUCUCGUCUCCGUGCAUCGGCGCUCAACGAACCUCUCGGGAUAGCUUUCAUUACGCUCAACUCGGCUCGGGAAGCUCAACACGUGAUUUUGCACUUCAAACCGGGCACCUAUCGCAAUUGGGAUUUGACAUUUGCUCCGGCCCCGUCCGACAUUUUUUGGGAGAAUUUGAGCAUUGAUACCGCCCAAUGGUACUGCAAAUGGAUCACGGUUAACUUUGUUUUAUUUUUGUUCCUAUUUUUCCUCACUACACCGGUCAUCAUUGUAAACCAGCUAGAUACGCUAUCGCUGACUAAAAACACAACUGACCAGAUUGGAAAAAUUAGCCCAUUGAUCUCGGAGUUUUUACCCACUCUUCUGAUGUGGUCCCUGUCGGCUUUGAUGCCCGUUAUUGUAGCUUAUUCCGAUACUUGGCUUUCGCAUUGGACUCGAUCUAGACAAAACUAUGUGAUCAUGACCAAAACAUUCGGUUAUUUGCUGUUCAUGAUUUUGAUUCUUCCUUCACUAGGAUUAACGAGCGCUCAAGCUUUCCUUCAGUGGACUAUUCAAAACAAUGAAACGUAUCGAUGGGAGUGCAUCUUUCUGCCCGACAAGGGUGCAUUUUUUGUGAACUACAUAAUAACAGCGGCUUUCAUCGGUACAGCCCUGGAGCUGAUUCGAUUCCCGGAUCUAAUUUGUUACGUGUGGAAGCUUGCUACUGCAAAAUCCAAAGCCGAAACUCCUUACAUCAGAAAGUCUAUACUGAUUACGUUUCCUUUCGGGAUUCAUUAUGCUUGGAUGGUGAUGGUGUUUACCAUGAGUACGGUCUACAGUCUGGCCUGUCCUCUGAUUAUGCCAUUUGCGAUGGUCUAUAUUAUGCUGAAACAUUUCGUCGAUAAACACAAUCUUUUUUUCGCCUUCGCUCCAUCUAACAUGAUCAGCCAAGGCAGUGGAGGAAAGAUCCACAGUACCGCAGUCACUAUGACUAAAUUUUCGGUAGUCCUGUUACUGUCCAUUAUGGCAGCUUUGGCCUGGGUCCGUACGGGUGGGUUGGAAAUGCGUGCCAUGAUUUUAAUUCUGGCUCUGUGCGUCACGCUCAUCAUGUUCACGUUUAUGUCCCCGAUCAAAAAGUGUACAACAAAACCUCUUAGUAUCGUCGAAACGGAAGGAACCGCACCGAUCUAUGUCGCUGAUGUGCUUAUCAACAGGCGGAUGGUGUCAGAAAGUCCGUCGCAUCUAAGCUAUGGAUCCGACACUACGAUGGACAUUGUGAUGAACGGUGCCGGUCAGAGCGUGACAGUUUGAAGGGAUGUGAUUAUCUGUGUCAACACAUCAUCAUUCCGCCACUCCAGUAUUGGAUUUUGUGUUUUUCGCGUACUCACUCUCUAUAGUGUUAUUUCCCAUAUCUGCUUUGAUUGCUCAGAGAAUGCUUUCUAACUUUUGUACUUUGAUUUUAGUUCUCUAUUAUACAUCUGUUGUACGUCGGUUGUUCGACAAACAUUUUGUCGAGCAUUGUGAUCAUAUUUUUACUACCAGGAAACCAUAUUUUAUUUAGUCUAAUUGUAACACGAACUAAAUUAUUUUACUAUCAUAACUGUACAAGGGAGAGCAAAUAAAAGUGAUACAUAGCCAAACGGAAGAAAAGUCUUUUUGAAAAAUAUUCGAAGCCUAACAUUAAGUCAAUCAGAUUCUGAUUUAAUUUUCAUUGUUUAUUGUGAGCAAUAGAAUCUUAACCUGUAGGGAAGGAUUUUAACCGAUGCAAAAAAUAUAAUCUAUUAGCCGUUCCAUUUUUAAAGUUGACAUGAAUUUUCUCAGUAGUAUGGAAUGUAGGAUUGAAAUCUCAACGGAAGCCUUAAUUGUUCUUAAUAAUCCAACUAACGAAAAGCUUUCUCAACCAAAUGACUAAAAAAGGCGGGCGAUGAAAAGAACCAAAUUAAAAGGAAGACUUCUGACUAAACGUUGAAAAAUGGCCACUUUAAUGGAAAUUAAGUAAAACUAAUCGAAAAUUAAAUCACUGAUCAUAAUUAAACUGUCGCAGGAGUGUGAACUAAAUAAAACAAUGUUGUAGAAUAGACAAAUAAAGGAUAUUUUUCUGGAAAA